UCCACACGUGCGCAUUCUACUUCAAAACCGCUGUACCUCCCGGAAGUUCCCCAUUCCGCCGCUUGUGUCCUCAUCUCACAUCUCGUCUUGAGGCCACGUCUUUCCUCCUCAACUGUCUCUGGCUACAUUUGGACCUCCAGCUGAAGCAAUGCCGUCUGUUCCCUCUUCCAACGAGACUUCCGUCAAAGGCCCCGUGUGCCCUCACUCUGCCAAGCUGCACGGCCACGCCAACGGAGACGCCAAACUCCACGAGGGCUUGUUUCCUGCCAGCAGGACCACGUCGGAGGGCAACGAAGACCCGAGCAAAACCAUUCAAAUCAACACAAUAAACCCCGCUAUGGAGAGGAAAUGGAUCCGACCAGACCUCCCCAGCCGCUGCACAUGGAGUCUAGAAGCCUCAACAACCGACUCUCCUCACACACAUGUUUCAAAGGUAGACUCCCCUACCAUCCUUCCAAACAUCCUGCACAGGAUCGGUGACACUCCCAUGGUACGAAUCAACAAGAUUCCCAAAGUGUUUGGAAUUAAAUGUGAAAUACUGGCCAAGUGUGAGUUCUUCAACGCUGGAGGCAGUGUGAAGGACAGGAUUAGCCUGCGGAUGGUAGAAGAUGCUGAGAGAGCCGGGAUCCUCAAGCCUGGAGAUACGAUCAUAGAGCCCACCUCUGGAAACACAGGUAUUGGACUGGCUCUGGCUGCUGCUGUCAAAGGCUACCGUUGCAUCAUAGUCAUGCCUGAGAAAAUGAGCAUGGAGAAGGUGGAUGUGCUCAGAGCUCUUGGAGCCGAGAUCGUUCGAACCCCCACCAGUGCUCGUUUCGAUUCUCCGGAGUCUCACGUGGGUGUGGCCUGGCGCCUCAAGAACGAGAUCCCAGACUCACACAUCCUGGACCAGUACCGCAACCCGAGCAAUCCCCUGGCUCACUACGACACCACGGCGGAAGAGAUCCUAGAGCAGUGCGAUGGUAAAUUGGACAUGCUGGUGGCAGGAGCAGGAACAGGAGGAACAAUUACAGGCAUUGCUCGCAAACUGAAGGAGAAAUGCCCAAACAUCAAAAUUAUCGGCGUUGACCCAGAAGGUUCCAUCCUGGCUGAGCCUGACGAGAUCAACAAGAGCGAUAAGACCCAGUAUGAGGUGGAAGGAAUCGGAUACGACUUCAUCCCCACAGUGCUUGACAGAUCAGUUGUUGAUACUUGGUACAAGUCCAAUGAUGAAGAGUCCUUCAACUUGGCUCGUAUGCUCAUCAGGGAUGAGGGCCUGCUGUGUGGGGGCAGCUCUGGGACCGCCAUGGCUGCAGCUGUAAUGUUCGCCAAAGAGCUGAAGGAGGGCCAGCGCUGCGUGGUCAUCCUACCGGACUCCAUCCGCAACUACAUGUCCAAGUUCUUGAGCGACAAGUGGAUGGUCCAGAAAGGCUUCCUUAGGGAGGAGGACAUCAUGGUGAAGAAGCCGUGGUGGUGGAACUUGAAUGUGCAGAGCUUGAACCUGUCGGCCCCUCUCACCGUCCUGCCAACAGUCAGCUGCCAGCAGACGAUCAAGAUCCUCAAGGAGAAGGGCUUCGACCAGGCGCCUGUAGUGGACGAUGCAGGGGUAAUCCUGGGCAUGGUGACGUUAGGAAACAUGCUGUCGUCCAUUUUGGCGGGCAAGAUCAAGCUGUCCGACCCUGUCAGCAAAGUUCUCUACAAACAAUUCAAACAGAUACGCCUGAAUGAUAAUUUGGGAAACUUAUCUCGCAUUCUGGAAAUUGACCAUUUUGCCCUGGUGGUGCAUGAACAGAUCCAGUACCUGACGAAUGGCUCCACCGCCCUGAAACGGAUGGUUUUCGGCGUGGUGACGGCCGUCGACCUGCUCAACUUCGUCACUGGCCGGGAAAGGCGAGAGCGCUCCGUGUCGGAGUCCACUGAUGAGCUGUGAUCAGCUGACUUGAGUUUUCUUGCACAAAAAUAAAAUAACCCCUGAUGAGUUCAGCAGACUUGUCUUAAAGAUGGAAAAAUGAAAAAAUAUUCCUGACGUUUUGGGUUGUAGUUGUUGCUUUAAAAAAAAAUAGUCUUCUUUAGGUUCUGAUUUUAUGUUUUAAUAAGCAAAUAAUUACACUUUUUGUGGAGUUUCAUCAGUUUAUUUGCAGCACAUUCUUUUUUUUUUUUUUUUGUUACUGUGCGUACUUAGAGUUGAAAUCUUUUGUACGUCGUUAAUUACUGGACAGCUUAAUUAUACGUAGGACCUCAUUAGAGGCCUUUUGCUUUAAUCAUUCUGAAUGUGAUUAUAAAACUGUGGUUUUCUGGAUAAAACAGAAAAAAAGCCCACAUUGCUCUAAGUCAGAGAAAUUGACUUUUUCUAUUUAGGUAUACAUUGCAAGUUUACUGUAUUUUUCCUACUUCUGUUUCAGCGCAAAGUCUGUCAUGUAACUAAAGAAGUCCUGACAAUUUAGUCUUAGGUCUGUCUUGGAUGAAAUAUUUUGUAUUUCUUUUCUUCAGUGAAUGUGUAUUAAUAAAUAAAGUUUAAGAAAAGUAAAUCCA